CAUCAUUGGAUGGUUUGCGUGAUGACGUCAUGCGCAUUGACGAAUCCCGAGAGUUUAGCGGUGAGGGCAACACCGGAGGUGCCUGCAAUGUAUAAUCUGGCUGGUCACAGUCCUGCCCCUGAGGGCUAAAGGAUGACGAUCUCUUGCGUUGGGCUCAGUAAGACCUGCUUCCUGCUGUCUCUAUCUUGUGCUGCCCUCUUCCUCUUCAUUCCCUGGAAGCAGCAUGAUUUUCCUCAGCCACAUUGUCUUCCUGCUUGCAAUCUAACACACAGUUUCACAGAGCCAACGCCACAGGGAGACCACAAGACUGGCUAUUCUACAGGAUGGAAAAACAACAGUGUGGAUGUAAAGUCUGUGCUUGGAACUGGGCUAGAGGGUCAGCCCUUAGUAAGAGACACACUACAGAUAAAGGAUAUAUUUAUUGCAGUGAAAACCACAAAGAAAUAUCACAAGAGCCGCCUGGGCCUCCUCAUGCAAACCUGGAUCUCUCAAGCAAAGGAGCAGACAUUUAUAUUCACAGACUGGGAAGACCAGGAACUACGUAAAAUAGCAGGGAAUCAGAUGGUGAACACAAACUGCUCUGCAGUACAUACACGGCAAGCACUCUGCUGCAAGAUGGCUGUGGAAUAUGAUAAGUUUGUCUUGUCAGCCAAAAAGUGGUUCUGUCACUUGGACGAUGACAAUUACUUGAACCUGAAAGCACUCCUGGAACUGCUGUCUGCAUUCUCACCAAGCACAGACAUUUAUGUGGGGAGACCAAGUCUAGAUCAUCCAGUGGAAACCCCGGACAGAGUGAAAGGAGAUGGUUCGGUUUCUCUGAAGUUCUGGUUUGCCACAGGAGGUGCUGGGUUCUGUAUCAGUCGAGGCCUUGCUCUGAAAAUGAGUCCAUGGGCCAGUAUGGGAAACUUUAUAAGCACAGCAGAGAAGGUUCGUCUUCCAGAUGACUGCACAAUAGGGUACAUUAUUGAAGGGCUGUUGGAGGUUAAGAUGCGGCACAGUAACCUGUUCCAUUCACACCUGGAAAACCUGCAGAAGCUGUCAUCUGAUACUCUGCUGCAACAGGUCACACUUAGCUAUGGAGGUCCUGAGAACAAAAGAAAUGUUGUGAGGGUCAAGGGAGAUUUCAGUCUUGAACAAGAUCCAACUCGAUUCAAAUCUGUGCAUUGCCUUUUGUAUCCCGAGACAAGCUGGUGUCCUAAACCGAAAUCUCUGUCACCUGUGAGAUGACCUGUUGCUCUGAGAUUUUAUACCACGAUCUUCCUUCGAAUGAACAUUGCAAAACCGUCACAAUAUUACAUCUAUUGCCAAUUUAACUCAUUCCCAUAAUCGUCUUAAAUUACUAUUGUCAUUUUUUUUUCUUUUUUAAUCCCGGGUUAUUUAUUUUAAUUUUCCUUGGCUAUAAUGUAAUUUUAUAAUGGUCCUUUACCUGAUACCUCUCUUUCAUUAUUGGUUUGUUGGUAGUAACCUUUCUGUAAAUCUGCCACCACUCCUAGUGUUUUUUUCAGCAUGAGACUUGAUUUCACUCUUCAGAAUAUGUCAAACAAUUGUGAUAGAACCGUUUGUCAAUCUUUGUUACCUGUCUCUGCUUGUGCUUGCCUGAGCCCAAAAGCAUGACUGCCUAUUCUUUCCAGAUUCAGAUAGUUUGCUGAAUCACCCGAGCACUUUCAUUAGGUAAUUUUAUCAAGGGCUCUUUGUCAGAUCAGCUUUACUGAAUAUAAAUGCUUGAGUAGAGGGGAAAUUUAUGCCCCAUAUACUGUAUAUCAAUAUGCACUAUCACCUCUAUCUCUAGGGAUGUUUCUGAUCCUGUUUUUUUUUUAUAUAUAUAUAUAUAUAUAUAUAUAUACACACACACACUGAACCAGUAGUUCUCUGCAGCUCUGAGCAAUACUUUACCUAUGUAUUUAACUAAUUUGUGAUGGUUAAAGGGUCAGUAAAUUUUACAGAUUUCUAAAGUUUCCAUGUGUUACUUUUGUUUCAAAAGUCACUUGCAUAAUUAUUUUUUAAAAGACUAUAUAUUAAAAUUGAACUUCCUUUUUGCCAUAGAACCGUUAUAGAUUCAUACUUCUCCCACCCCCCUAAGCCGCACCUUACUUGGGAGAAGAUAUACUUUGUUUGUUUAGCCUACAGUAUUUUAUAUGCAUGCCUCCUUUUCCUCCCACCGAAGCUCGCUUAAAAUAUAGAAAGUGCAUGCCCUGUAGUAGCCCGCGCUUCUCUUAACAGGGCCCUAUAGCUGCAUUGGUCGUUUCAUCUACAGUAUAUUAUGCUGUGAGCGUAGAAAGUUGCGCAUAAACCACAGCACAGGGAAGCCAGGACUGAUGAUGUAUAGAAGAGUGCUUGCGCAACUGGCACAAACAGCGCAAUCUGUAUUUAUUUUAAAUUGGAUAUUAACAAAAACUUUAAAUAAAACAUACCGGAGGUGUGGGCAGCUAGGUAAUAAUCCAUGGAGCUAAUCUUUGCAAAUAUUGUGUACUAGUUAUUAUACAUAUUUAGUAAAAAUGCUUAAUUAAACUCAUAGUGAACAAAUAUGGCAUGUACAAAAUUUGAGAAAAAAUGUCAGAGUUUACUGUCUCUUUAAACGCAUAUAGUUGCAGUUAUUAGUAUUAAUAUUACAUGGUCUUACAAAUUAUAGCAUGUGUGUUUUGUCCACGGUAAUUGUCCUUUGUUUCCGUUUAUCACUAUCUACAAGUAAAGCUGUAGGAAUAGUUUGUUUCAGCCAAUGUAAAAAAAUAACUGAUUAUACAUUAUGCAAUUUGUCUUUAAAUGUAACAUCUUUUACAUUGUUUUCAUGCAAAAAUAUAUGAAUCUGUACAAAGUA